AUGUCGAGAACUCAUACAAAUAAUACCUCUGCCGACGGCAGACAGUACUUUUUGAUCACAAAUGUCACGGCCACCAAUAACGCGAACACUGAAUUUGAUCUUCAGGCAGAACCAUGGAGGCUACCGUAUAGUAUCAACGACUCUGAUUUAACUUUCGAUGGAAAACCUUUAAACAUGCUGUAUGAAGAAAACCGAUGUAUGGCGGAAGAACAUGUUACUCAAAACUCACAUGACUGUAAAUCACAUGAUGACGUGGGAGAAGUCGCCAGAGGAAUAUGCGGCUCUUCGAGUACUACUCCGGUCCCUGGAGAUUCCGAUCCUAGCAUCGCAGUUAGGACGGAACUCUAUGAGACCUUUUUAUAUUCGUGUGAUAGCCACGAAUAUUCUUGUCAGCAGGUUAAGUCUUAG